UUGAAUUAUAAAAACUUGAAGCAAACAAUGCCUCGAACAAAACUACCAAAAGUUGCGGCAAGCAAAAGAGCUCGUGAAAAUGCAUCGGAACUGGAUGAUAUUUUGCGUGAUUUUGAUGUUGAAUCUGAAAAUUCGUUACAAUCAAUAAGAAGUGCUCAUCAAAAGAAUCUGCAGGAUGCUGAGACAGAAUUCGAAAACUUCAAAACGGAGUUAGGGUCGAACCUUUUGAUGAAGACUAUGGGAGAAAUUAAACAAAUGAAAUCAUUGUUUGAUUCAGCAGAGAAAACAAUUCACGAACUUAACAUGACUGUUAAGGAUACAACACAGAGACCAGAUGAAGGAUAUCUUACAGCGGAUGUUGGAUAUAAAACUUCUGAAUCUGAAUGUGAUAAAUCUUUAACUCAAAAAGGUCGAGACGUCUCAAUAAUUGCUCCUUUGCGAACACUCAAAUCUCGUAGACGUAGUCAGUCUGCAAGCAAUGUUCCAAUUUCGACACCAGGUCCUCGAUCGAUGAUGACCCAAAUGAAACAGAAAACUCCAUUGCCUUCAUCUCAUGCAUCACGUUCUAAAUUUCGUACACCAGCACAAAAGCCAGCACAUCAAAGAGCUGCAAGUGCUGAUCGUAUAGAUUCAAUCAUACCAAAAGUCAAUCCAAUGACUCCAGUUUCAAUUCUUCGACAUCCACGUUCUGGAGAAAUUGCAUUUUCUGUUAAAGGAAGUCCAAUUCUUACAUCAAACAUCAUCGAAAGAACUGCAAAUGUCAAUAUUCCAAUAGCCAAUGGUGUCUUAUCAGUGCGUCCAGAAAACAUGGAUCCAUCACAUUUAAAUGCCAGCCUUAUUAGAAAAUUUGAUAAUAAUACUAUUACACAUUUGCAUACACUCAAAAAUAACUUGGACAUGCUUAUGAAAGCAUUUGAAAAUCGAAUGAAGUCAUAAAUCAUUUUUCUUGUGUCAUAUCUGUUUUAAAUAACGGCUUUUUAUGUUGCCGAUUAUGUUAAGGAAUA